AUGAACCCUCAUCAGCAAAACAAGAUCGAUACCAGCAAAUUGAGCCCCGAUGAGCAGCGUUUGUUGCGUCUCUACGGCAAAAUGCCCAACAAGAAAGAUCUACUCCAAAACAAGCUCAAGGAGCGGAAAUAUUUUGAUUCGGGCGACUAUGCUUUGAGCAAAGCCGGAAAGGCCUCUGAUGUCGGUGUGACUAACAUCGGCUCACAACACCCAGUUCCCGAAAACAUUCCUCAUUUAACUGCUACUUCGCCCGGUGCUAAUACCGCGGGCAAUGGUGGAAGCAUCAGCGCUCAGGGAGGACAGCAUAUUCCUGGCAGUAUCAGCAGCCAUCCGGGUUCUGUGGGAUUCCAAAGCCGCAGCCCCAUAAAGGAGGGGAGCUUCCUUCACCGCGGCAGAAGUGUGGAUGAGUCUGACAAUGCGCCUCCCGCAGCAGAGAAUAAGGAGGAUCAUGAAGCUGUAAGCCCACCUCCUGUUACCGAGGGCGUUCCGAUCCGACGAUGA